AUGUUGCCCCCUGCUCCUGCCAUGGACCCCGCACGCAGACUGCACUUCGGCAGCACUCAGGAGAGAAGCAUAUUACCUGCCACUUUAACCCCAAACCUGGGGCCAGGCUGCCAUGACAACCACCAGUAUGGAACUAUUGUGUACAAACUAGAAAACACUCCCAUGAGUCGAAGAGGCUACGGACUGUCUGCCAGGACUGCAGCGCGCUUUCCGCCUCUCAGCAAGGGCCUGUCUCCAUCCCCUGUGCAGUAUCAGCCUGAUCAGACAGUGUCCAGAAGCAGCAUUUCUCCUGGAAAAACCCCAUUCAACUGCACAGCUCACAGGUUCAGAACCGAAUCCAAAGAGCAGUACCCUGGCCCUGGCAGCUACAGCGUGAGCAUGGAGCACAGGACAGUGUCAUGGCCCUCGUGUUUCGGGCGUCCGGACUGGUGCAGACUCCCUCAGCCCGAAACUAAAGCACUCCGCGUCCAACUUCAAACAGAUAAGGACUUUCGGAAGCAGAGGAGUCGUCUGGCUUAUCUGAGUUUGUACUAUUGA